AUGGAUUCUUUGUCCAUGCUCAAACUCCCCUGCUUGACAACAGAAUACGGAACAUCUGACAUCGAACCUGUCGAAGCGGACACAGAGUUUGAAGGCACUGCCAAAAAUAACGCUGUGUCUGGCACUCCCACUGGACCAUUCGAAGACGAGUUGUUCCAAUUCGACAGCGAGUUCAAGCUGUUCCUAGACAGCUGGCCCGACUGUGAGAACGUGAGGGAUCUUGCAAUCAUCGCUGGGUCGAUCCGUGUCAAAGUACCAAAUUGGCCCGACUGGAGCAUGAUCCCUCGCAUCCAUCCUGAGGAAGACAAUGACGAUGCAGAGUUCCUGAUCGCCCUUUUGAUCCACUGUAUCCACGUCGCCAAGGAUCGAGAGGAUCAAGUGGGAGAGUAUAUUGCAGACAUCAUCAUCGAUGCCUUUUACGAGUACGAGCCUUUCAUGCUGCUGCCAUGA